AAUAAACUAACACCAUCGUCGUCGGAGCUCAUCGUGGAGGAGCGCAACCUCCUCUCGGUCGCGUACAAGAACGUGAUCGGAUCUUUGCGCGCCGCGUUGAGGAUCGUGUCGUCGAUUGAGCAGAAGGAAGAGAGCAGGAAGAACGAGGAGCACGCGGCGCUCGUGAAGGACUACAGAUCCAAGGUGGAGGCGGAACUCUCCUCGGUCUGCUCGGGGAUCCUCAAGCUCCUCGAUGAGCACCUGAUCCCGGCAGCGGCGGGGAGCGAGUCGAAGGUGUUUUACAUGAAGAUGAAGGGGGAUUACCAUAGGUACAUGGCGGAGUUUAAGUCUGGUGAGGAGAUGAAAGGUGCUGCUGAAGAUACUAUGGUUGCUUACAAGGCUGCUCAGUGUUUUGUUUUGAAGGAUAUUGCAGCGGCGGAUAUGGCGCCUACUCAUCCGAUAAGGCUUGGGCUUGCUCUCAAUUUCUCUGUGUUUUACUAUGAGAUCCUCAGUUCUUCCGACAAAGCUUGUAACGUGGCCAAACAGGCAUUUGAAGAAGCGAUAGCUGAGCUUGACACACUGGGAGAAGAAUCCUACAAAGACAGCACUCUCAUUAUGCAGUUGCUCAGGGACAAUCUUACCCUCUGGACCUCCGAUAUGCAGGAGCAGAUGGACGAGGCCUGAGGAUCUUUGAUGGAAAAAGGGAGAGAGAGUUAUGCUGCCAUGUUUCCGCUACCAGAUUCCGAUCUAAAAAUCCUCGUAACAUUGAUGGCUUGAAAAAUAUUAUUUUUAAUUGUUUAUGAUGAGUUAUGUGCACAGCUUGAUGAUUUGUCUACUCUUAUCAUAAAAGUCUAAAACUAUGUUCUCUAAAGUUGGAAACCAACUGGUGCUCUUUCACAAGUGUUUUACAAAGUUCAGUCAAAUGGAAUUGAAACUCUGUCCCUCAAGGUUUUGGUCUCUGAGUAUCAGAUAGAAUUAAACUUCAACUUAACGACUACAAUUCCAAGGAGAAGUGUGGGUUUCACAUUGGAGCUUCUUCAAUAUUGAGAUUCUAUAGCAGUGUUAUUAUUUGUUAUUGCGAUUUGUUGCAGCUAUAAACCUGUAAAUGUCUCUCAUAAGAUCAUUUUCAGCUUAAUUUAAAAUAUACUCCAUUUCAGCUUAAUUUAAAAUAUGCUCCAUUUGUUUGCAGCUUUGCUUUCUAUUAGAGGCUGGAAGAGUCCUGAGUACAAUUAGUUUAUAAUCUAUAAAGAUAUUAAAUUUUUGUUUCUUGAUUUUGUUACUCACACAAAUGACAUGUUUACAACGUUAUGUCUUUCGGAAAUCAAACCAAAAAAAAACUAAUACAAAUCACAGGGAAAAAACGUAAAAUAGAAGAAAUAGAAACGUUUUUUUUUUUAUUAUGGUUCAACUAAAAUAAAAUAUCAUAGAAUCUACUGAGACUAGACUACCUUAGCUAGAAACUCGAAAUUGUAAACGUAGACAAUGUAUUGGAAGAAACCAAUAGUAUAAACGCCAGCGCCUGGGUGGAAGCUUUGACCAGCAAAGUCGAUGGCUAAAAGACCAUUAGUAAAACAAAGAAAGAGAAUGAGGAGACCAUGUCCAAUGUCAAUCGUGCUAGUGAGGUGAUAGAUGGAGACUCCUCCGGCGAGAAACGAAAAGAUUGAAACGAAGACAUCCACGGUAGGGUAAUUGAAAGGAACAUAAAACAUGAUAGGUAACACAAUCAAAGAUGUUACAAAUCUGAGGUUUUUUAGUACCGGAGUUGUGGUUGGAUCUGGAUAGCCAUCGUCGAAAAAUAAACACUUGAGUAGCAUGACUGCAAAGAAAAUUGUGACAGGAGAGAACAAAACCACUCUUCCUCCUGAUAAGAAGAGCAAGCCAAGGAUUGAGAAAAUUGUUAAAGCAUACCAAAUCCCACGAGUGAAUACACGAUAACCCAUUAAUCUCUCUUUCUCCAAUUUUUCCCAAGCCUCUGUCAUCACACAAGGGUAUUUAAUGGUUUCCAUAUCUGUCUUCUCUUUUUUCUCAGGUUUUUUUCUCGAGUGAUGAGAUUUCUUGGGGUGUUUACUUUUGUUUCU